GUCGAAUCUGCCGCUGCCGCCUCACAGUUAGCAGAGCAAGAUGGCGGCGCCUACGAAGCAGUACGGGCUGAUCUUGUCCCAGAAGAAGGGAGGGUUAAAGGCAGCAGCCCUGCAGAAACCCUCUGUGUUUGGAGAUGACUCCGAUGACGAGACAUCAGUUGGGGAGAGUCUGAAGAGAGAAGCCAUUAAAAAGAAAAUGAUGAAGCAGACACGUUUGGAGAUGCAGAAGGCCUUGGAAGAGGACAGCACCGUGUACGACUACGAUGCCGUCUACGAUGACAUUCAAAAAAAGAGAAGUGAGGCCACUAAAAAAGUUCUUGGAGGCGCUGACAAAAAGCCAAGGUAUAUCCAGCAGUUAAUGAAAGCAGUCGAUGAACGAAAGAAAGAUCAAGAACGGAGGGAAGAGAGGAAGAUCCAGAAGGAAAGAGUGGCCGAGGGAGAGAAGUUUUCAGAUAAAGACGCUUACGUUACCUCCGCCUAUAAGCAAAAGCUGCAGGAGCAGAAGGAGGAACAGGAGAGAGAGGACAGACAGUCACAGAUAGAAGCUGCCUUGGACGUGAAGAAACAAAGAGACCUGACUGGCUUCUACCGACACCUGCUCAAUCAGACUGUAGGAGAGGAGGAGAUACCAGAUCGCUCAGCAAACAAACCUCAACCCUUGAAGGUAAAGACAGAGAAGACUUCACCUCCUCCUUCGCCUACAUCCCAUGACAACAAUGCAAGUUCCUGCAGCGACAGCGAGGAGGCGCACGAGCAGAAGUCUGGGUUUAGCAAGCUGGGCGCAGGCUCUACACACCCCAAACGCCAGUACAGACAGAGGUCGCCAUCGUCAGGAAGUGGAGAAGAAAAGGAGAAGGAAAGAGAGAGGGAGCGAGAACGACAUAAGAAGAGUCACAGAGAUCAAGACAGAGGGAGGGACAGACAUGGAGACAGAGACAGGAAUCGUGGAAAGGAAAGGGAUGACAGACAUGGAGGAAGAAGAGACGACAGGGAUAGAAGAAAGGACAGAGAACGAGGAAGAGAAGAUGACAGGAGUAGAGGCAGGGGGGAUGCAGAGAGGGAAGACAGGCACGGGAAAAGGGCAAAGAGCCCAAAAGAAAGAGAGAGGGAUAAGAAUGGGGACAGAGAGAAGAGGAGGAAUCCAGCUGAGGAUGAGCGGAAGGACAAAGACCGGGAACAGGAGAAGGAGAGAAGGAAGGAGCAAGAGAAGGAGAAGACGGUGAAGAAAGAAGAAAAGGACCCAGAAAAGAAGGAAGAAGAUAGAGGAGAAGAGGGAAAGGAGAAAGAGGAAAUGGAGGAAAAGGGGAGCAAAUUUGCAAAGCGCAGCAACGAUCAUACUUUGAGUUCAGCCAGAGAGCGCUACUUGGCCCGACAGAUGGAACGCUCGGCCUGUAAGAGCUAUAUCGAGAAGGAGGAGGACUGAGAGCUGUUGAGCACACCACACACACAAACACACACACACACACAUCCCUGAUCGGCACUCAAACUAUCUCACUCAAGAGGAUACAACUCGUGUUGUCGUUUUUCUUCAAUAAAUCCAUUCAAAACAUCUUUCUUUGUCUAAACUUUUCAAAUUCCCAACCUGUUCCCCAAGAUAACUUUUGAUAUAUUGUUACCUCUGCAGGGGAGGUUAUGUUGUUGUGCUUGUUUGUUCGUAUAUUUGUUUGCUUGUAAGCUAGAUUACACAAAAACGUUUUAACAGAGUUCCACAAAGCGUGGGUGAACGAUGUGGUGUGGGUCAGGGAAGAACCCGUUAAAAUCUGGGGCAGAUCCGGUGAUUUUUCACCACUUUCAUAGGGAAUGAUUCAAAGAUAUCUAUGAGUGUGUGAUGCUUGAUUCAAUUUAAAGGGACUGCUGCACUUUACUCAAUAACAGCUGGCUACUGUGGUUUUUAACAAACACUCUUCCAAUGGGAUUAACCAUGACACUUGUUUCAGACUAUUUCAUCUGUUUUUAUACAGCAGCAGAACAGUGAAUGUGAAACUAACCCCAGAUUAACUACAGUGUCUAUAGUCGUGACCAUAAUGACACUCAGUGUUUCUCAUUGAUGUUUAUUAGCCAUGGACAACAACAGAGGUAUAGCAGCAAAAAGCAUCUGGCCUUCAGAAACAAUAAGUUUCUAGAAAAAGCAGAAUCUUACCCAACGUGUCCUGAGCUAAUCGAGAACAGGGCAGUACAUUAUGGAGGGGGGGCUUGAAGGUGGAAUAUUAUAGACGUGGUAAAUGUGAAAAAACAAUGUUGACUUGUAAAUAUGAGUUCUGACAGAGACACUUGUAUCAGCAGCACAAUUGUGUUAUGUCAACCAGUGCUUGUGUUUAUUGUCCUUUGUGCUCUGAGGUGUUGUAUCUUCCUCUUGUAAUUUAAUUCAUGGUGAGUGAUAAUAAAAUCAUUUCUGUUUCACA